AUGUGUGGAAGAAUAACGUGCUAUUUGGCUCCCCACGAUCUCAGCUGUUGCUGUAAACACAGGGACGUCUCCGGCAAGGAGUCCGAGGUGGGUUGGGUGCCCGAAAAAUUUCAAAGCGUUCGUUACGCUCCCUCGUACAACAUGGGGCCGAGAGACACUGUAGCUUGCAUCGUCGCUGGUUCCCAUUUCAGCGAGGCUUCUGAAAGGCUUUUGUGUCCUAUGAUGUGGGGGAUGAUUCCUCCUUGGCACAAGGGAGAGCCCAGAAAACAUACUGCAUCGAGUCACAACGCUCGUUUAGAAGGCUUGAGCGACUCGAAACUUUACGGAAAACCACUGAACCAAGGAAAACGAUGUGCGAUUGUGAUCAACGGUUUUUACGAAUGGAAAACUGACAAACAGUCCGGCAAAAAACAGCCUUAUUACAUGCACAGAAAGAUCGCCGAUGUUGGCAUUCACCCCGAACAACAGGUUUUGAGGUUGGCUGGAUUGUUCGACACAUGGACGAGUCCGGAGGGGGAAAUAAUUCACAGUUGUACUAUUCUAACGACGGCAUCCAACGACGUGUUGUCCUGGCUCCAUCAUCGUGCUCCAGUCGUUCUUCAGACGGAAAAAGACGUUAAAGAUUGGUUGGAUUACAAAAAUACUUCGGCCGAUAAAGCCCUCGCUGAAUUACGAAGGGGCGAGUUAUUAUCGAGCACUCUUCAGUGGCAUCCAGUCGCAAGUACAGUAAACAACGUGAAAAACAAAGACAAAUGCUGCGUCGACGCUGUGGUCCUUGGAAAAGAGAAGAAAAAAGCUACAAGCGGUUUAAUGUCAUCUUGGCUCAAGACCGGAUCUAUAACUAACAAUAAAAGAAAGUCAACGAAUGGUGAAGAAGAUCAGGACGCUCAAUCGAGCGAACCUAAAACGAAAUCGUCGAAAAAAAAUUGA